AUGCCCAUCAAUGGCAUAAAAAUCAAAAACUCCUCAGGCGAAGAGGUUUAUGUGUUGAAAGAGAAAGGCUCCGUGGUCAACUUCGGUCGGGAAAAGAAAGUCUGUCACAUCACAUUUGAUCCUCAUGCCGCUCGAGUUUCAAGAAUUCAUGCGAGCAUAGAAUGGGGCGAUGAGGGUCUAUUUUUCACCGAUAAAAGUAAAGAAGGAACCGAAAUCAACGGAACACGAUUGAAACAAUCUAGUCAGGAGCUUCACGAAGGAGUGUAUCAGCUUGCGAUUGGUGGAAUCUCUAUGACUCUGGAAGUUGACGGCGAUGAGCUAGAAGAGACGGUCAUAGAUUCUCCACAACCCGAUGAAUCCAGUACUGUUCCGGAAACAGUUUAUGAAGAAUCUCGAUAUUCAAAUUCUAGCAUCAAAGAAAUGCCAGCUGUUGAGGUGACCGACGACGAUUUUGACGAUGUUUCAUCUAUCUCCACAUUCAAUAUUACCAAGUUUAAUCCAAGUAGCAUACGCAAACGAAAACCAGAAGGCGAUGUGUUUAGCAUAGAUCGGCCACGUGGAAAAAGAGGACCGAUUUCCUAUCGUCCGCGUAUGAAUUUCGAUGAUGAAAUGGAGAAUCGUGGAAGUAGAGGCCCAAGAGCACGUAAAGCAGAUAAAAGUGGCGUCUUCGACGAGGAAGCUCCAGCGAAAAAAGCCAAGAUAGCUCCUCAAGCUUCUCAAAGUCUCAUAAAGAAUUUUUUCAGACCGAAAGCCCCUUCCGCCGUGGAGCCAGAUGACGUGGAAUCCAUCGUGAGCCAGGUGGCAGCUCUUCCAUCAGUCAGUCGGGAACCAGAAGAGGAAUCGGAUGAUUCGGAUCUCUCCGAUCGAGGACCGGCCGCGUUAAACGAGACCAUCAAAUAUUGUAAUCUGAUUUUUCAACAACCAAAUAGUUUCAAAAAGAACGAGACAACAUUCGACUCAAAUGUUCCGAAUUUUAAAAGAUUCGUUCCAAAAGGACUCAGAGAUGGGAGAACAUCUGCCAUUUCGAUGCACAGCACGACGACAUGCAACACAACAAUUUCGAUGGUCGACUCGAGAAUUGUGCACUGAACCAGAAUCUCUAUUUUAUUUUAUUUUUUAACAAAAAUCGAUCAUGUAUUCAAAACAUUCCCAUAUGCUCCCAAUAUACCGUGUGAAUAAAAACUAUUUUAUUU